AUGGGUCGUUUUAUUUGUAUUCUAAUCUUAACCUCAAUCUUUGUUACAAAUUGUUUCGGCGUGAGGUUUAAGAGAUCCGUUUACCAGCAAGCGCCUGGUGGACAAGGACACUACGUGGAGCCUCCGUAUCCAUAUAAACCAGCCCCAAUUGGACCAGAUAAUUAUGUCCAGCCUUCUGGAUAUUACCCGCAGCCUUCAAUUGGUCCUCCUGUUCCAGUCUAUCCAAUAGCACCUGGAUAUGCGGUACGAACAUCUAUUAGGGUAAUGAUGAUAACAGAUAUUUCAGCUAUGCGAAGAAUGUGUGUUAUCUUGGAAUAGUGUCAUCGGAUGGCUCAGUAAGUGAUCUACUUUGCUAUAAAGUCAAUAACGGUGUUUUACAAGCCUAUAAAAAUGGCUUCAAAAACCGUGACAUGUGUUUGCAAAUUGAAAAGGGCUUAAAGGAGAGGAACGUUGAGCAAACAAUCAUAUAUUCCUAAAGAUUACAAAGGAACGUUGAUUCACGGAGAAGAUUCUUCUCCUCAAAUUAAACUAUUCAUUCAAACCUUAUGGCCCGACAUUAAUGAUAUCCGCAAAGAUUUUAGAAAUCUUCUUUAUGGCCGCCUUGUUCUAGGGGCAGAAAAUUUCGAUUCUUUGCUUUCAAAUGUUAAAGUAAUUCUCAAGGCUGACUCCUCAAGAAAACUACUCCAUAACUACUCCUUCAAGUUAGUGAACGCCGCAAGCUCAUUUUUUGGAGCCAAAAUGAUACUUUUCUCGAAGCUAAGAAUUAACCGAACGGAAAGAAUGUCAUUGCUGAACUCAAUGGUCAGUAGGGAAUCAUUUGACCCAGCGGGUCCAUUUUGAGGGGUAGUACUAAAGAAUUAUCUCUAUAGCUGUUUCUUGGUACAAAAUAGUUUUUCCCGACUGUAAUUCCCCAUUUAUACUAAUCGUUUAGGAGAUGGAGGUGGUACCAGUUUGCUAGUGAUAGUCAUAGUACUCCUCAUUAUGGUCUGCGUCAUCUGUUGCCUGGCCUGUGCUGCGGCCGGGGCCCUGGGGGCAUCUCGAGUGAACGCGCAAGACUCUCAGCCCCCCGCCGAUCAUCAGACUCCCCCCAAAAAAUGA